AUGCUACACUAUGGUUAUGGUGUUCAUGCUCUCAAUACCAACCUUUGGUAUUGUAAGAUUCGCUUUUACUUAUCUUAUGUAUUUCUAACUAUUCCUCGUUACAAUAUCGCUAUGGCAUCAAUUGAUCGUUAUUUUGCUAGUUCUCGUAUUGCACUUCGUCGACAAUGGAGUUCACCAAAGAUCGCCAUUCGUCUUAUUAUUGGUAAUGUUAUUUUCUGGUGUGUCAUAUAUAUUCAAGUUAUUAUUUUCUAUAAUAUAAGCACAGGUAGCUGUUGGUAUCAAUCAGGAGCCUAUGGAAUGUUUUUUAGCAUUUUUAUUGCCAUUGGAAGUGGAAUACUUCCUAUACUUUUAUUAUUUAUUUUUGGCCUAUUAACUGCUAAUAAUGUGCAUAAAACUAGACAUCAGAUUGAACCAGUUGGGGCAACACGUAUUGGUCGACAUAUUCAAGGUCGAAAAACAUCUAAAAAAGAUGCUCAACUCCAUAAGAUGUUAGCAAAUCAAAUUCUCGUUUUUAUUAUUUUCAAUAUGCCAAAUCCAUGCUAUCUUAUUUAUAAGGCAUUCACUUUAAAUACUUCGAAAUCAGUACUUCGCAGUACAAUUGAGGAGUUCGCCGGUAAUAUGACAUAUUCUCUUACGGAUUUUGAAUUUUCAUUGACAUUUAUUAAUUUUAUUAUAUCAUCAGAUAUGUUUCGAAAAGAAUUUUUACAACUCAUUCGAGUAAAUAUACUUCGUCAACAUCCAAUACGUGUAUCAACUGUGGAGAGAGAUAACAAUAAGGAUUCUCAAGUCAAAUGA